AUGAUUAACAAGGCUAUAUUUUGGAAUAUCAGAUCUGUAAGAACUCAAAAGGCGUUUGAGAGAUUAGUAGAUCUGCAUAAAAUACAUCACUAUUCUUACAUUGCUUUAUUAGAACCUUUUCAAAGUCCAUCUGAAUUAGAAACAUACAGGAGGAAAUUAGGGCUUCCUAAUGCUAGGGUGAAUAGUUCAGCAAAAAAUUGGGUCUUCUGGGAAAAUGGUUGGGUGGAGACAGAUUCAACAGAUACAUGUCAACAGUUAACAAUGAAGUACCAAUUAAGGGGAACUGAUGAUAAAUUCACAGUAACGACAGUGUAUGCAAGGUGUAGUGCUUUGGAGAGACUAGAGCUAUGGGAAGAUUUGGAAAAUAUUGUUGAUCACACUAUCAGCCCUUGGUUGGUGGGAGGAGAUUUCAACACUAUAAUUGAUGAGUCUGAGAAGUUGGGUGGACUGCUAGUGACCAACCAGGAGACGGCAGACUUUGCAUCUUGUAUUAGUGCAUGUUCUUUGAAUGAGCUAAAAUUUGUUGGAAGUUGUUACACUUGGUGGAAUGGUCGAAUAGAAUACGAUUGCAUCUUUAAGAGACUGGAUAGGGUUUUUGGGAAUAAUGAUUUUAUGCAGUUAUUACCUAAUAGUGAGGUUCAUCCCUUAAUUAGGCAGGGCUCAGAUCAUACACCAUUACAUGUGAUAUGUAAUGCAUUACAGGAACAAGUUGUGAAGCCGUUUAGGAGCCUACUCAGCAAGGCGGAGGCAGAUUUGAAGCGAUAUCGACAUAUAGAGGAGGAGUACUGGAGACAGAAAGCUGGAAUGAAAUGGUACACUGAUGGAGAUAAAAACACCAAGUUUUUUCAUGCUUAUGUGAAGGGAAAGAGAAGAAAGCUUCAUAUUAAGGAGAUUCAUACAAGGCAGGGAGAUAUCAUUAGCAGAUCUCAUAAUAUAGUUGAAGAGGCCGUCAAUGUUUUUAAGGAACAGUUCAUGGAGAAUCAGGAGUGGAAUAACGUUGAAUUACUUCAAUGUAUUCCUAAGCUGGUCACAGACGGAGAUAAUGAAGAGAUGGAAACAAUGCCAACCAAGGAGGAAGUGAAGCAUGUGGUCUUCUCUCUAAAUGGGGAUAGUGCGAGUGGUCCUGAUGGGUUUUCGGGACAAUUUUUUCAGUCAUGUUGGGAUACUAUUGGCACAGAUAUUACAAAUAUGGUGAAGGCCUUUUUUUUGUGGAUGGGAGUUGCCCAAAUAUGUGACUCACACUAA